AUGGCGAGCGGGACAGUCUCAUGCCACAGGAUCUAUAAUGCGGAGCUGCUCAACUCCACCACUGUCGUAUGUGUCAAUCGCACUUCCGUUGUCAACGCCACCGAGACCUUCGUCCACUGCUUUGAGCCGUGGACGAAUGAGGGCCAGGCCCGAUUCGCCCUGGGCGUGGUUGGCACCAUCUUAAUCCUCCUCAGCAUUCUUACCCUGUUUGGGGCUGGCGGCGCAGCGAAGCAGGCACCUGACGACGCGGAGAUGGCGAACUCGCGCUCGGUGGACCUUGGCGCGUAUGGUGAGGCUGGCAAGGGCGGCGACGGGGCCUUUGCUGCCGUCAAGGCGUUUGCGGACUCGGUCCCGGGCUCCAAUCUGCUCUGGAAGUCGUUGAAGUGGAAGCGGACGAUGCCGGACGACGCCCCACCGGGCAGCCUGUACGCGGCGAUGCGGCACAGCGCUGUCCAGCGCAAAAACUCUGGAUUUUACGCUAUGGCCUGA